AGUCCCGCCCCGCCAGCCCGUGCCAUCUUGUGUUUAGCAAGAACAAAAACGGGGGAAGAAAACACGCCCGGCCCGGGGACGGGGCGCGGAUUUUCAGGCUGCUUUUUAGGCGUGUUUUUCAGAAAAGUUGGUGGAGCUGGACAGUAUGCUCGGAGGAGCAGCGGCGGGGAGAAACAGCAGCCACACCCCGCAGGACGGCUCCGGUUAACGUUAGCUCUCAGGCUAUCCAAGCUAAGCUAACCAGUUAGCAGCGGCUAAGAUCGCAGGAAGAAGGCGAGCUUCGAGUCUGAGCCGGUCUGUGACAUCUGGAAACCCCGCAUUAACUUCACAAAUAUCAGCAGCGACCUGGGUGGAAAUGUCCCGGACGUGGUGGUGACUGUUUGCGGAGAGGGAUUCCGGGCUAUGAGGAUUGAGGUCCACUGUUAGCUCGGCUGCUAUCGGUUGUUUUUCGGUUCAGAGCGGAACCACAAUAAGCCGCGGCCCUGGCCAUGCCCUCGAAUGCGCGGGCGGGCAAUCUGAAGGACCCCGAGGUGGCUGAUCUGUUCUGCAAAGAUGACCCGGAGAAGCUGUUCACCGACCUCCGGGAGAUUGGCCACGGGAGCUUUGGAGCGGUGUACUUUGCCCGAGAUGUGCGCAACAAUGAAGUGGUGGCCAUCAAAAAGAUGUCGUACAGCGGCAAGCAGACCAACGAGAAAUGGCAGGACAUCAUCAAAGAGGUGAAGUUCCUGCAGAAGCUUCGCCACCCCAACACCAUCGAGUACCUGGGCUGCUACCUGAAGGAGCACACGGCAUGGCUGGUGAUGGAGUAUUGCCUCGGCUCGGCCUCAGACCUCCUUGAAGUUCACAAAAAGCCACUCCAGGAAGUAGAAAUAGCUGCUAUUACCCACGGUGCACUGCAGGGGUUGGCAUAUCUUCACUCUCACAAUAUGAUUCACAGGGACGUGAAGGCAGGAAACAUCCUGCUGACGGAGCCGGGUCAGGUCAAACUGGGGGACUUUGGCUCCGCCUCCAUCGUGUCUCCGGCCAACUCCUUUGUGGGGACGCCAUACUGGAUGGCUCCGGAGGUGAUCUUGGCCAUGGACGAGGGCCAGUACGACGGGAAGGUGGACGUCUGGUCCCUGGGCAUCACCUGCAUAGAGCUGGCGGAGAGGAAACCCCCCCUGUUCAACAUGAAUGCUAUGAGUGCCUUAUACCACAUCGCUCAGAAUGAAAGCCCCGUCCUGCAGUCCAAUCACUGGUCCGAUUCCUUCCGCAGUUUUGUCGACUCUUGCCUACAGAAGAUUCCCCAGGACCGGCCUACCUCGGACGUGCUUCUCAAUCAUCGCUUCUUAUGCCACGAGCGCCCGCUGACUGUCGUCAUGGACCUGAUCGCACGCACCAAGGACGCAGUGAGGGAGCUCGACAACCUGCAGUACCGCAAGAUGAAGAAGAUCCUGUUCCAGGAAACCCAACAGAACGGCCCCGUCACCGAGGGAGGCGAGGAGGAGGAGGAGGUGGAGCCGUACCUGCUGCAGACGGGCACCGUUAACAGCAUGGAGAGCUCCCAGUCUGUUCCCAGUAUGUCCAUCUCAGCCAGCUCUCAGAGCAGCUCGGUCAACAGCCUCGCCGACGCCUCCGACGACAGCAGCAACGAGAUGGCCAUGAUGCAGGAGGGCGAGCACACGGUCACCUCCAACAGCUCCAUCAUCCACCGACCCACGGGUCAGGACAACAUCUACGAUGACCCGUACCAGCCAGAGAUGGAUCAGCCUCAGGCUCCUUCAGCUGGACGCCGGCGAGCCUUCUAUCGAAACCGUGACCACUUUGCCACCAUCCGCACGGCCUCUUUGGUGACCCGUCAGAUCCAGGAACACGAGCAGGGCUCGGCGCUGCGUGAGCAGAUGUCCGGCUACAAGCGCAUGAGGCGGCAGCACCAAAAGCAGCUGAUGAGCCUGGAAAACAAGCUGAAAGCGGAGAUGGACGAGCAUCAGCUGAAGCUGGACAAAGAGCUGGAGAACCAGAGGAACACGUUCUCCACAGAGGCCGACAAGCUGGCCAAGAAGCACCAGGCCAUCCUGGAGAAGGAGACGAAAGCUGCUCUGACGGAGGAGAAGAAGUUCCAGCAGCACAUCCUGGGCCAGCAGAAGAAGGAACUCACCAGUUUACUGGACUCACAGAAACGCCAGUACCGCCAGCGCAAGGAGCAGCUGAAAGAGGAGCUGAGCGAGAACCAGUCGACUCCGAAGCGAGAGAAGCAGGAGUGGCUGGUCCGUCAGAAGGAGUGUCUGCAGCAGAUGCAGGCGGAGGAGGAGGCCAGCCUGCUGCGGCGCCAGCGGCAGUACUACGAGCUGCAGUGCCGCCAGUACAAGAGGAAGAUGCUGCUGGCUCGCCACAACCUGGAGCAGGACCUGCUCAGAGAGGAGCUGAAUAAGAAGCAGACCCAGAAGGACCUGGAGUGCGCCAUGCUGCUGCGGCACCACGAGUCCACCCAGGAGCUCGAGUUCAGGCAGCUGGGCACGAUGCAGCGCACCCGGGCCGAGCUGAUCCGAACGCAGCACCAGACCGAGCUGACCAAUCAGAUGGAGUACAACAAGCGGCGUGAGCAGGAGCUUCGGCAGAAGCACGCCAUGGAGGUCCGGCAGCAGCCCAAGAGUCUCAAGUCCAAAGAGCUGCAGGUCAAGCGUCAGUUCCAGGAGACCUGCAAGAUCCAGACCCGUCAGUACAAAGCUCUGAGGAACCACCUGCUGGAGAGCACUCCAAAGUCCGACCACAAGGCCGUCCUCAAACGCCUCAAAGAGGAGCAAACACGUAAGCUGGCCAUCCUGGCCGAGCAGUACGACCACUCCAUCAACGAAAUGCUGUCCUCUCAGGCUGUGAGUAAGGCAAGGAAACCUCCGUGCACCUGCACACCUGACAACCACCCACACCUGAAACCCCGCACACCUGACAACCUCCCACACUUCAGCACCUGCACACCUGAAAACCUGCACCUUAGAACCAGAGGCCUGUACUACAAGGCAGGAUUUGGGCUUAUCCAGCUGCGGCUGGAUGAGACGCAGGAGGCCGAGUAUCAGGUCCUCCGCAUGCAGCUGCAGCAGGAGCUCGAGCUGCUGAACGCCUACCAGAGCAAGAUCAAGAUCCACACGGACACGCAGCACGAGCGCGAGGUGAAGGACCUGGAGCAGAGGGUGUCGAUCCGCCGGGCGCUGCUGGAGCAGAGGAUCGAGGAGGAGAUGCUGACUCUGCAGAACGAGCGCUCCGAGCGAAUCCGGACGCUGCUCGAGCGCCAGGCUCACGAGAUUGAGGCCUUCGACUCGGAGAGCAUGCGUCUGGGCUUCAGCAACAUGGCGCUGACCGGCAUCCCGGCAGAGGCCUUCAACCAGGGCUACCCGACCCCCAGCCCGUCCUCGGGCUCCGGCGGCUGGCCGUCGCGGCCCGUACCGCGCUCCGGCAGCCAUUGGAGCCACAGCGUGCAGAACUCUGUGACGACUCCAUCCUGGCGCAGCCAGAAUCACGGCGGUGGAGGCUUCAGCCGUGCCGAGUCCAUCGCCUCGUCCCACGUCCUUGGCAGGGAUGGCGAGAUGAGCAAGAGCCGGGGCCACUCCUCCUCCCAUCACCAGCAGCACUACCUCCCCCAGCACUAUCAACACCACCAGAGCACGCCGCAGCUCUACCGCGAUGCCCACGAGCGCGACUCCAGGGAGCGGGAGCGCUCCAGGGAGUGGGUGGGAGGAGGUGGCCACUACGCCCAUCACUCCCAGGGCCACCACCUCUCCUCCCACGCCUCCUCGCAGUCCCUGGCCCUCCUGCCUCCGCCACCUCCGCCUCCUCCCAUCGCCCUCUCCACCUCCUCCCCUCCCUCCUCCACCUCCUCCUCCUCUUCCUCACAGGGCGGCUACGGCGGCGGCGGUCUGAGUGUCAGGGGCCCCAGCCUGAUGGCGCUCAGGAACAGCCCUCAGCCGCUGAGGCGGACAGCCUCCGGAGGGCCAGGCGGCGGGGGGAGCGACGGCGGGUUGACCCGGAGCACAUCGGUCACCUCGCACAUCUCCAACGGCUCUCACCUCUCCUACUCGUGAAUCCGGUGCCAGUCUUAGUCUGGGGGCGCCGUCCUGCUUCUCUCAGGGGACACAGAAGCAGAACGGCGCCAUUUUGACCGUUUCAGUCUUCAGCGCUUCAAUCCUAAAAAAAAACAUGUCACAAGUUUUAAAAAGUCAAUUUUGAACGUGCCCUUUAUACGCAGUCACUGCAGCUGCACGGGGGCAGCGAUCCAAUCGGUCAACAACACGUCCAGCUACCACGACGCCAACACGUCGACCAAGACAGAGCGACGGCUGUGGAGCUUCCACUCGGCUCGCAGUGCUUUAAAAACCACUGUAACUAUGUACAUAACUGAACUGUAGACGCCAUUUCUGGUUCCUAAGUGUUUCAAACAUUCAGGGCGGGGGGCGGGGCUUGAAGGCAGUGGUGUGCAGGCGGCGACCGAGGGAAGAUUUCUUAAAAUCAACUUUUAUUUGUAGUGCUAAGAUUCUGUACACGACAAUAAAAACAAACACUGCCAUCUUUCUGUUGACCCGAGACAAACCUACCACUGCCCUCCGAGCCACUCAAAGGAACACGCCCAUGUCGCCGCGAGUCGCCUCGGCGUCAGCGCGCUCCGUACAGGAAGCCCCUCCAUCUUUGUUUUUCUUGUGUUCAAACAACCAAGUUUACGAGAUCUCUGCGUAGUGAAGUUUACACUUGUCUCUGAGGCAGAUGUUCUACUUCUUGUUGAUCCCAUCGUACGGGAAUGAUCUACUGGCCAGCAGGGGGCGCUGUGAGUGGUCAGCGAGCAGGCUGAAAGAGCACAUUUUAUUUUAGUUUCCGUCAUCGCUAACGUCUGCUCAUGCGUGCUGAUUUUAGAUGGCACCUGUUUCCGAACGAUAACUCCAGCAGGCGUCAGGAGGAUAGUCAGCUGCCUGUGGAUGAUGCUGCUGCUCAAGUCAUGCCACAAAUCAAAAUGGAGGAUGCCAUAAAGCGAAACGUGGCAUUUUCACUACAGCAGAAAAACAUAAAACGAGUCUCAUGAAGAAGAAAGUUUACGUUUUUCGUUCAGCUUCGCACAAUUCCCAAACCGGCAAACAAUCUGUGCCACGUUCUUACUCUCAGCACGCCGCGCAGAAUUUAGCUUCAGGUCAGUUCUUUGCGCGUUUACUCUGCAGGUAAACGUAACUUAAAGGUGUGUUUACCUGUCGUCAUUCUCCUGUUGUAAGCUAGGCUAACCGGGGCUCCUCCCUGUGCUUAAUCUGAGAGCUCGAUGUCGGGCGACUCGUUCCUUCAAAGUGACGCUGCCGCAGAGUUUUAGAGCUGAAAGAGUGUGUGUGUGUGUGUGUUUGCCAACAGCUAACCCCACACCUCCACCUGACCCACCCCCCCCCCUCCACACUCUGCAUCUGUAGAUAAGGUGUACAUGUGCGUCACAGAGUAGUGCGGUGCAUGGAGCUCGUGUACAGGCGGCGUUUGUAUGAAUAAACAUGCACACUACCUAUUUAUAUAAAUGCUUAUAAAUGUAAGAUACCUGUGUACAGGUAGCAGGUAAACUGACGAUUGUUCACUGUCCAAAACUCUUGACUUGUACAUAGAAGCACUAAUAACUCUGAGGCUGUGUUAGAGUAAUAAUGAUGACUAUUUUGUCACGUGACUUGAUUUGUAGACGAAUAGACGCCAUCAUUAUUAUUACCUCUACUGCAGCUGGAAUAUUUAUGUUGUACGCUAAUUUUUAAAUGUGGAUUGCCAAUUUUGACCACUAGGUGGGGAAUAAGCGCAAUGUUACUGUGAUAGAGUUAUAAAAAAUAUUCAAGUUUCUAAGGAGGACAAAAGGACUACCUUUCCCAGCAUUCCUGUCGAGGUCUCAGGGUGGGAGUCUCCAGUUCUGGGCAGGGCUGCAGGGUUUUUUUGUUUUGUUUGUUUUCAUUUCUUUCUUUUUUUGUUUGUUUGUUUUGUUUUGAGCCAGUAUUAUCACAUGACGUAUGGACAUAUUUCCAGAUCUUUCACUACGUUUUGGUGCCAUAACUUUAUCGUUUUUUUGUUUUACACGUCGUCUUUAUGGUGCGAAAGACUUUCCCAAAAACACUGUAACAUCUGCAAGAACACCUCCAAAUACGGAAGCCCAAAGGUGUCCAAUAUUAGGCUUUUAAAAAAAAAAAAAAGAAUAAUAGUGUUUAUUAGUAUAAGCAGGUUUUAAAACGUCAACCUAUUAUUAAUACAUUCUUUAAUAACUAAAGGCAGGUUAACACUCUAAGAAUAUAUAUGUGUGUGUGUGUGUGUAUGUAUGUAUAUAUAUAUAUAUAUAUAUAUAUAUAUAUAUAAUUUUUUAUUUCUUUUUAUUUUUUUUAAAUAAAGAUUCACAUUUAUUCCCUAAAGAAUUCCAGUUUUGUGUAUUUUGAGCUGGCAGUGGACUUCAGAGUGGUAAUUAUAAUUUUAUUUAAAAGUUAGAGUAAAACCACUUCUACAUUAUUUUUUUUUUAAAUUUCUUCACAGUAUCUUCCCCAAAGUAACUGAACCCAUUAAUUAAUCAGACAUCAGCAACUCACCUCUGUCAUUCUUUGUUUUGCCUCCCUUUAGUUUUAAUGUUAUACAUUUUUUUUAUUUAUUGGUUUUUAUAUUUGAGAUUUUAAAAACUUUUAAAUUAGAUGAGAGCCAAAAAGAGACUUCUGUUAAAACGACCUUUCAGUCAUUCCAUUUUUUUUUUCUAAACAAAAAACCCAUUUGGUGUUAAUGAGUUGCAUUUUAAGAUUUUAAAAUGAGUUUCAAGUUUGUUUGGCUAAACUUUAAAUUAUAUGCGUUUGAGAUGAAUAUUGGCAUCUUUGGGCCUCCGUACAGGAAUUCCACGCUGUGUGUUUUCCAGACAAACACCUCUGUUUCAUUUUGCACAGUUCGAAUGGGUAGAAGAUCAUCUUUUUGUCACGUCUACCUCAUUUGCACUGAAAGGAGACGAAUGUUCAGGUGGACUAAAGAGGAAAAACAAACAUUUCUUGGCUUUUUUUCAUUUUCCUUCAUUUUGUGCAAAUGUUGACGGGACGAUGAGUGCAAGCAGGAAGGGACAAACCUAAUGUCGCGCUCAGUGGAAAACUGUCCGUAGGACGUGCUGGACUUUAAAAACACGAGACGCUGUGCUGAGGAAGAUGUUUGGUGGGGCGGGGUGGGGCAGCGUGGACGGAGUGCUCCUCCUCCUUCCUCCAAAAAAAACAACAAAAAAACCCUUCAUUUUGCCAACUUUGUUUUUUUUAAUAGCAUUUAUUGUGAAAUGCUAACCAUUCCUCAAGUGUUAUUUUGCCAAUUAAAGCUGCAGACUGAGGAAGAGUCCAGAUCUUCAUCUACGUUUACAGCCGUGAGCAGUUUACUGACUGCAGGAUUUCUGUGUAUUGUCACGUGGUCACAAUUUAUAGGACGUGUUCUUGUUUGCUGUCCUUAGCGACAGUUACCGAGAUGUUUUCAUGUUCUGGUCAACAAAACAUUUAAAAUGCUUUUUAAAUGUGACGUCUUUAUAUUAGGAGCUGAAAACGGUCAAUCGAACAGUUUGAUUGGAAAUUUAUCGAUAAGUAAUUUUAUUGGACAAAGUUAGAUUGUCAUGUUGGAUCUUCUCUGACAUUUUAAAAUAUCUCGUCUCCUUUAAGAGGAAAGAUGUUCACAAAGGAAAUCUCUUUAAAAUUUAUAUUAUUAUAAAAUGACACUAAUCGUUCUUCUGCUGGUUGUUCUUUCCCAUAAAGUUUUUAUGUGCUAAAUUACAGCAAAAGUCCUAAAAACACAAAGGAAUUACAUUUAAAAUCGUAUAAAACAAAUUCUUGGAACUAGAAAAAAGAUGUCUUUAGCAGCAAAAGUUUCAAUCUUAAUCAAUUUACUGUUUCAGCUCCACAUUUUUCACUUUUUCUACUUUUUAUUUUAUUUUCUCAGACUGCUCUGUGCUGUGUUCAAGGACAGUUUGACAUUUAAAAACUGAAGGUUCACUCUGUUUGAAAGCGCAAAGUUACCGAUUUCAAGAGUCGAUGGCAAACAAAACGUUUCUGUUCAAUUCCUCACAUUUCCUCCUGCAGCUUUAAACUUUCAAGGAAAAAGGGGGAAAAAAGAAAAAUCCCCAGGAGCGUUUGAGGCCAUCGGCGUGAUGAGGAGGAAGAGGAGGAGGCAGAGUCGAGUGCUGUUUGUGUGCAGAGCAGGAUGAAGGGUGUGUGUAUGUCGCAGGAGGGCGAAGUGAAAAUGUUCAGGUCGAGUGUUUCAGGAGCGUUGGAAAAAUGAGUUGUACAGAAACGUAAUCAAAUAAUUUUGGAGAAAUAAAAGAACAAAAACAGAAAA